AUUUUGACCGAUCUUGUGGAUAUCCAAACUAUUAAAGCUAUUGAAAACAAAUCAUUUUUAAACAUCAACGAAGUGAAAUAUGAGCCAAAAGUGCAAAACGUGGAGAAUAUUCAGAAUAGAAACACGGACUUAUUAAAUGUUCCAUUGGAAAUAGAAAAAAGUGAAAAGUUUGAUAUUAAACAAAGUCCUAAACUUGCGAACAUUAUAAAUUUUUGGAAAAUGUUUACUACAAAUUCUCCUGACAAUUAUAUUGAAACCAAAAUUACGAAACCAAAAUCGAAUUCUAGCCCAGUUUUUGAUAGAGAUAUCCCUGAACAAAAGUUUAUGAAAAAAGACAGAAAAACAGGUAUGUCCAAACAAGCCGAAUACAUUGAUAAAUUACUAGAAGAUAUAAUUAAUAGAAGCGCAAAACCAACCACGGAAAAACCUACAACAUCCUCAGUUGACUUGAAAAAGCUUUCCGAUCAAAUAGAAAAGUUAUUGCAGCUAUACCCUCAACGUGGAACGCUCGGCAACAGCAACAAUUUUCCAGAAAGUGAAGUUGAAAUCAUCAACGACCUUCAGCCAGAUGGUUAUUAUUUUGUCAAAAAUGGAAUACCAAUUAAAUCUAGAAUUUUAGAUGAAAGAAUCAAACAAUAUGACAACCGAGAGAGAAGGAUAGAAAACAAUGAUAUAAAAGAAACUAACAGUCGCCUACUUCCAAUUGAUUUUCCAAAAAAUAUCGCUACUUUUCCCACCCGAAAUAGGCAACAUUUACCUAGAGAUAUUGCACAAAAGUAUCAAUUAACAGAAAGAUAUAAAGAUACGUCUGAGCCUACACAUACUCCUAGUGCAAGAGUUACAGUAAAUGACAAUAAUAUGAGAAGAAAUGAUAGUGUCAAGAUUAUAACAAAGGAUGAUAUUAAAGAAAUAGCUGAGAAUGUUAAAGCUAUAGUUUUAAAAGAUCUACGACAAGAAAUAACAUCCACGCCCUCUAGAGUAUCUGUUGGACCUACAACAGUUAUUUCGGCGCCAACAUCUCCAAAAAUAUCCAGUACAACCAAGCUAACGACAGAAACUACAAGUAAAAUUCCACCCCAGAACAACAAGACUCAAGAAGCAAAUCAGGUGAUAACAAAAUUCAUGGAACUCUUUGAACAGUUCAAAACAAUAAAUGAGAGAAUAGAAGUACCAUCAAAUAUUAACACGUUACUAGCAAAUGUGACACGUCAGAAACCUAGAAAUCCAUUUAAUUUUAUACAUCGAAUUCCCCCUAAAGUGGCGAUCGACCCAUAUAGACUAAAACCACCGGAAAUUACACCUGGUUUGUUUAACCCAUUCGGUAUACAAAGACCCAGAGUUCAAAACAUACAAAUCCAAAGAGCUAAAUUUGUCCAAAAUUCUUUGGCUAUUACGCCUCAAACUUUUCAGGUAAUGCGAGCCAAACCAAUAACAAUACAAACAAACUCUGAUGAAAUUGCGCCUCUGGGGAUUCCUAUAGAAAAACCUCUAAAAAUUAUACAUCAGAAUAUAGUUGUGACCACCGCACAUCCUUUAGUGACACGCAAGCACCACAUAGACAAAUGGGUGGAUCAAUACGAACACAAAGAUUGGACAAAAAGUAAAGAAAGACACAAAAAUUAUUCAAAUCCCCCGACACACGAAAGGUACAAAGAAGGAAAGCCAAAAGAUCGAUGGCCGAAUAAAGAGAGCAGAUUACGUGAAUUUGAUAAGAAAUUUAGAGACGAAGUAACAAGAACGUUGGAUCAAGCCCGUUACCGAGAUGAAAGAUCACGAGAAUUUAAGUAUCCAUAUAAAGAUGAUACCAAGUCUUCAGACCAACGACUUUACAAGAGCGGCAGAACACAAGAUUUCAAAAUUCCUCCCAAAGACGACGCAACACAAACCGAGCGAACAUCUCAGAAAGAUAGUAGACCCACUGUAUUCAAAUAUGAAACAAAACCAUCAGAUGACAGAUAUUAUGAAGGCACAAAAUAUAGCAAUCGCGAGAACAAUCACAGAAUGCCAUAUAAAUCGCCAUACGAUGAUGUCAUAAACAUGAAAUUAAAUGAAAACGCAAAAGAUUAUGGCAAUGAUAAAAAAUAUCUUGAUAAUGUCAGCUAUGGACUUCUUAGUCCUCGUCACCGGGAUCCUACACGCUUCCACGAGAAAUUAGAAAGAGUUGACGAUUGGCAGGGUGAUUCUAGAAGUGAAGGCAAAAAUUGCCGUGACAAACUAUCCGUGGCUUCCAGACAGCAGCAGCCCCUAAAUAUGAAGGACCCCAGAUUCGACGACACACAUUUCAAAAACUUCUUGAAGACGCAACAGAAAGUUAAUGAUAUGCUUGAGAAAAUAUUGUCAUCGAAAACUAUUCAGAAUGGCCCACGGAGUGUUGAAACUACAUAG